CUCACUCACUCACUCACACCUCCCCCAGCUCACCUCCUCCACACCCCAGCAUGGCCGCGUCCACCAUGUCCGUCUGCUCCAGCGCUUGCUCCGACUCCUGGCAGGUGGACAGCUGCCCAGAGAGCUGCUGCCAGCCCCCGUGCUGCGCCCCCAGCUGCUGCACCCCGGCCCCCUGCCUGACCCUGGUCUGCACCCCAGUGAGCUGUGUGUCCAGCCCCUGCUGCCAGGUGGCCUGUGAGCCCAGCCCCUGCCAAUCAGGCUGCACCAGCUCCUGCACACCCUCGUGCUGCCAGCAGUCUAGCUGCCAGCUGGCUUGCUGCACCUCCUCCCCCUGCCAGCAGGCCUGCUGUGUGCCUGUCUGCUGCAAGCCCGUGUCCUGUGUGCCCGUCUGCUGCAAGCCUGUGUGCUGCAAGCCCGUGUGCUGUGGGCCCACUUGCUGUGAGUCUUCUUUAUGCUGUCAGCAGUCUAGCUGCCAGCCAGCUUGCUGCACCUCCUCCCCCUGCCAGCAGGCCUGCUGUGUGCCUGUCUGCUGCAAGCCCGUCUGCUGUGUGCCUGUCUGCUCUGGGGCUUCCUCUUCAUGCUGCCAGCAGUCUAGCUGCCAACCAGCUUGCUGCACCACCUCCUGCUGCAGACCCUCCUCCUCCGUGUCCCUGCUCUGCCGCCCCGUGUGCAGGCCUGCCUGCUGCGUGUGCGUCCCCUCCUGCUGUGCCCCCGCCUCCUCCUGCCAGCCCAGCUGCUGCCGCCCGGCCUCCUGCGUGUCCCUCCUCUGCCGUCCCGCGUGCUCCCUCCCGGCCUGCUGAGGCCUCUGCUCAGGCCAGGAGUCCAGCUGCUGCUGGGCACUUCCCCCAGGCCCAACCAGGCUCAGGUCUUGAUCUGGCUUAGGUGGCUGCCCCCACCUGGGGACAGGUGCCCAUGUCUCCCCUGUGCUGAGGUGACCACCCUCCUUGCUCCCAGGAGCCCCAUCCUCACUGCUCCCCAGCUGCUGCCUCCCAGCACUUACCCACCUGCCUGCUGGGCCCCCGUCCUCCCUCCCAGCUUCUCUGUCCUGGGUCAUUUGGCCUCGACCUGAGCCUGUCAGCACCUCUUCCUGCUCCCAAUAAACUCUCCUUGGUCACCUGA